GUGUGUACAGAACCUCGCCGACCUAAGUAGGAUCUUCUUUGGCGGAGCAUUGUUUCUCCGACCUAGCUGUGGCCUUCUUCACCGGAGCCUCUCGCUUCAAGCCUCGGAGCCCUAGGGAUCCAGGUUUUGUUAGCCGGUUCGUGGGUUUUGUUGGAUUAUUACGUGUUUGGGCUGAUAUCGAGGCUGUAAGGAUCAUUUGAGGUUGCCAGGUGCAGUAGCGGCAGCAACCAUGGUGCUCUACAAUUUCAAGCAGAUUACGGUGGUGCCUUCGGGCAAAGAGUUCGUGGAUAUCAUCUUGUCCCGGACGCAGCGCCAGACGCCCACCGUGGUACACAAGGGCUACGCUAUCAACCGGAUUCGGCAAUUCUACAUGCGGAAGGUGAAGUACACGCAGACGAACUUCCACGAAAAGAUUUCCACUAUCUUAGAGGAUUUCCCCCGUCUUGACGACAUCCAUCCUUUUUACGGGGAGCUCUUGAAUCAUUUGUAUGACAAGGACCAUUAUAAGCUUGCGCUUGGGCAGCUUAAUACCGCUCGCAACCUGAUCGAGAAGAUUGCUAAGGAUUACGUGCGUUUGUUGAAAUAUGGCGACUCGCUUUACAGGUGCAAGAAUCUGAAGAAAGCUGCACUGGGUAGAAUGUGCACAGUGAUGAAACGUGUUAGCCCCAGUUUGGCGUACUUGGAGCAGGUUAGACAGCACAUGUCAAGGUUGCCCUCAAUCGAUCCCAACACCCGGACUAUUUUGAUUUGCGGUUAUCCCAACGUCGGGAAGAGCAGUUUUAUCAACAAAAUCACCCGCGCCGAUGUCGAUGUGCAGCCCUACGCUUUCACCACGAAGUCUUUGUUUGUCGGUCACACUGAUUAUAAGUACAUGCGGUGGCAGGUGAUCGAUACUCCCGGAAUUUUGGAUCACCCCCUGGAAGAGUGCAAUACAAUCGAGAUGUUGAGUAUUACAGCACUUGCGUAUCUUAGAGCAGCUGUUCUGUUCGUUGUUGAUCUGUCUGGAAAUUGUGGUUACACUAUUGCCCAGCAAGCAGCUCUGUUUCACUCGAUCAGAGCCCUUUUCGCUAACAAGCCUGUCAUCAUCGCUUGUAACAAAACCGAUCUUCAGCCAUUUGAGACACUCCCAGAGUCUGACAAGAAACUUAUUGAAGAGAUGAGGAAAGAAGCUGCGAGAGCUGGGGCAGGUCUUGUCGAUGGUGCCCCGCCGGAUGAAGAGAAUUGCAUGUUGACUAUGAGUACUAUGACAGAGGAGGGCCUUAUCAAUGUCAAGAAUGCUGCUUGUGAGAAGCUGCUGCAAAUGCGUGUGGAGAUGAAGAUGAAGUCGAAGAAGAUCAAUGAUUGUCUGAAUCGAAUUCAUGUGGCUGUGCCUAAAGCUAGGGACCAGAAGGAGCGUCCUCCUGUUAUUCCCCAGGCAGUUCUUGACGCUAGGGCUGCUCAGAAUAACGCUGCUGAGAACAAGAGGAAAUUGGAGAAGGAUCUUGAGAACGAGAAUGGUGGUGCAGGAGUGUACUCUGCGAACUUGCACAAACAUUACUUGCUGUUGGAUCCUGAUUGGAAGGAUGACAUUGUUCCUGAGAUCAUGGAUGGUCAUAAUAUUGCUGAUUUCGUGGAUGCUGACAUCCUUCAAAGACUGGAUGAAUUGGAAAGAGAGGAAGAUGAGCGUGCCGCUGCAGCAGAGAACGGAAUGGAUGAGGACGAGGACAUGAGUGAUCAGGAUUUAACACCCGAAGAAGCUGAGGCCCUUGCUGCAAUUCGACGGAAGAAGAAGCUCAUGUUAGCUGAGCACAGAGCUAAGAAGAAAACUGCCGAUAAUAAACCUGUGGUCCCCAGAAGGCAUGAUGUAGAACGACAAUUUAAUACCAGCAGAAUGGGUAGGCAUCUUUCAAGCUUGGGGUUGGAUCCUACUGCUGCAGUGAAUAGAGCAAGGAGUAGGUCCGCAGCUGGCACAAGAAGCAGGAAGAGAGAGAGAUCCGAGGCAGCAGGUGGUGAUGACAUGGAAGUGGAUGAGCAAGCUAACAAAAGAAUGCGUUCACGAACUCGUUCCUUAUCCCGGCCGCAUAAGGAAGCACUACCUGGUGAGGGUUUCAAGGACAGUGCUCAAAAGGUCAAGGCAAUGAAGAUCGGCAAGAAUGCUGUGAAAGAAAGAAAUAAGGAUGCUAGGAAGGGUGAGGCGGAUCGUGUUCACUACAACAAAAAGCCUAAGCAUUUGUUUUCGGGCAAAAGGGGUACUGGAAAGACAGACCGGAGGUAGUUGGUCUGGAUUACCUCGGUGCGGGACAAUGUUCCUUCGGCUUAGCAGUUGUAGUAUAUUAGGAUUGGGCUUCCACUUCAAAAGAUCCUUCAGGAGUGAAAACUUUUUCCCGCCAAAUUGUUUCAACCACACUAUUAAUUUGGGCGAGCUUGUUUUCAAUUCUUCCUGCAUUUACAGAUACUAUGUCUAUCAAGACAUUCCAAAA